UUUGAAAAUGGCUGUGUACGAAGUAUUUUCUCAUCCAGAACUUCGACGUUACAAAACUCACAUCUGUUCAAAGGCAUCUAUAAUAUUAAUUGUGGUGUUGUUUGUUACAGUUAUUCCGCCACUGUUCGUUGUUUAUAGGAGUUAUGGAUUUUGGUUAAAGGAGGGUUUUUAUGAGGAAAUGCCUGACAUAGAGUUUAAGAGGCAGCUACUCCUGGUUUUAGAGCUUGAAAAUGAAGGAGAUUUUAUUACCUAUAGUACUUACCAAAGAUAUAACCAACUUCAACAACAAAAUCUACGAGUACCACUGAUUCAAUCCAGAGAAGAGGAUUGGAAUAGAGAUGGUAAAGCUGAUGGAUUAGAUUUCCAUUUGGAAAUGCCACUACAGGACAAAGAAAAAGUCACCGGAGUUAAACUGAUCCUUAUUUUCCAAUACAAGUUAUUUAGGUAUUCCACUUUUACCAUGGAAUGCAUGGCAUAUAUGUAUCAUGAUUCUGCCAAAGCCGGAUCUAAAUAUGAAGUUUUUGGAGAUCUAAAAAUGAGUCAGAGAACACCAUUAGCUCACAGAGGAACUGAUACCAGAUUCAAUACUCCAGUUGUUAAUUCUACAAGUGUUUAUGCUAAAGAUUAUGAAUUUUCAAAAAUAUUUAAAGAAUACACAGCAAGGAAUGUAACAACAUAUCUGCAGGCUCCAUACACAUCCUGGAUUACAGGACGAGGUGCUGGCCAACCAUUUGUCAUCAGUGCCAAUAUUACUUAUCCAGAAGAGAGAUAUCUGUACACAACAGGAUUCUGGUAUAUGAUAAAGUGGGGAUGGAUCCAGUAUGUCUCAGUUCUACUCAUAUUCCUCUUCCUCUUUGAUAGAGUCAAAGUGUUUAUCUAUCAAAACCAGCUUGUACAAACUAUUGUUGAAACUCCUUUCCGUAAAGAGAAAAUGCAGUGAUGAAUGUUUUGAUUGGAUUUAAAGACAAUUUCAAGAAUCUAAAACAUUCAAUCUGUUUACAAUUUGUGCAACACCUUUCAGCUAGAAAAUACAGAAUUGAAUGUUGUGCUUAGCUUUUACAUCAAUAUCUAAUGAUGAGUGACUAUUGAAAUGAAAAAGUGAGGAUACAGAAUAUAUAUUAAAUAUUUGGACUGUUGGAAUGUAAUAGAGGUUCAUUCAUUACAAUGAAUGUAUUGGAAAUUAGGGGUUGAAAAAACUGAUGUCCCAGUAUUACGGAUUUUGAAUGGGGCCUUUUGGAAAUAAAGCCGAAAAGUCAUAUGUCAGCAAAAAAUGUAGCUUUCAAGAAGCUACUUAUCCUUGCAAAAUUUUUUAUUGACUUCUAACAUUUUUCAUAAUGAAUAAAAAUAGACCUGAGUAAAACUCUUCCUCUAAAUUUAAUUUAAAAAAUUAAUAGAUGGAAAUUAAGAUGCACAAACUGUAAAUGGGAAUAUUCAAUAAGCAUGAAUAAUAUAGGAUGGGUUAUGUAUAUGUUGGUCAGAAGAUACAGACUGUUACAAUUUCUAUGAUGUAGUCAUUGUGUACAUCUGGUUUUAAUCAUGAAAUCACUGAUAGAAUCAAAAUUAUGAGAUUUUAAGGAAUAUUGAAAAUUAAUAGUGAUUUUUAAAUGCAAAAGUGAUAUUUUUAUGUUCCAGUUUAUUAGUGUCUGAAUGAUAAUUGGUGUUUGCUGAAACUUUCCUUAUGCAUAGGCUGGAGUACCAUUGAUGAUAUAGGUAAUUUUCAAUUUAAACAUCAACUACUGUUUGGGAAUUAUGCUUAUGAAAAUGGAAAAAUCAGCAGAAACCUUUUUUUACAUUAUAAGUUAGAUAAGGUAUCUAGUAUGUUAUAAGAAUGAAGAGAUAUGAUUUAAAUCUGCUAGAGUUAUUUUUCUUUUAUCAAUUUGCAGUCAAAUAAUGAUACUAAUAAGUUUAGUGGAAUCUACAUGUUUAAUAGAGAUAUUUUGACACAAUUGUAUGUGUUAUGUUUUGUUGUUAGAUGUUCUACAAAUAUUGAAUGAAUAUGUGAUCAUUGUUACAUAUUAUUUGUGACAAAUGGAAUGUUUGUGUAAAAAAAAAGAAUGAAAAUGUCAUUGUAUGUUUGUUAAUGGUAUGAAACAAUAAGUUUAUAACAUAUUUGUACAUAGUCAGUAAUUUAUAAUCAUAUUAUUACUAGUAUUUUUGUAGAAAAGUAUUAAAAAUAUAUUUAAAACAAA